CAUUUUUUCUAGAAUGCGAAAGGGGAUUUUACGGUAUCAACUGUACUCGUCCCUGUGGACAUUGUACAAAAAAUGCAACAUGUGAUCACGUGACUGGUUCCUGUCCUAAUGGAGAUUGUGAGCCAGGGUGGGAACAUACACCUGAUAAAAGAUGCAAUAUUGAAUGCAAUAAUGGUACUUUCGGAGAACGCUGUAUGUACAAUUGCAGUGGACAUUGUAAAGGUGGAUUACCGUGCAAAAAAGAUGAUGGAAUCUGUAUUGAAGGGUGUGCAGAUGGAUGGACAAAGGAUAAGUGCGAUGAAGAAUGCAAAAGGGGAUUUUACGGAAUGAAUUGUACCCAUCCCUGUGGACGUUGUGCUAAAACAGAAAAAUGUGAUCACGUGACUGGGUCCUGUCCUAAUGGAGACUGUGAGCCAGGAUGGAAACAUACACCUGAUAAGAGAUGUGAUGAAGCAUGCAACGACUAUUUUUAUGGAAAGAACUGUACAAAUCCUUGUGGAAAUUGUGCUAAAACCGAAAAAUGUGAUCACGUAAAUGGUUCCUGUCCAAAUGGAGACUGUGAGAAAGGAUGGAAAAAUACACCCGAUAAAAGAUGCAAUAUUGAAUGCGAUAAUGGUACGUUCGGAGAACACUGUAUGUACAAUUGCAGUGGGCAUUGUACAGGUGGAUUGCCGUGCAAAAAAGAUGAUGGAAUCUGUAUUGAAGAGUGUGCAGAUGGAUGGACAAAGGAUAAGUGCAAUGAAGAAUGUCCUACGGGUGCUUAUGGGAAAAAAUGCGAAAGAAUAUGCGGCAACUGCGGCGGUAAUGACACCUGUAAUCAUAUUAGUGGAUCAUGUCCAAAUCUGUGUGCACCUGGGUUUCAGGCAGAAAAAUGUGACACCGAAUGUGACAACGAUACAUUUGGAUUGCGCUGCAAUCUUACUUGUUCAAAAGGUUGUUUUACCCUCUGCAAUAAGAGAAAUGGAACCUGUGACAAAUGUCACAACGGAUUCAUUGGGGAAUUUUGCAAUAUUACAGUUGCAGAAAGCCAGGUACAGGAUUUGAUACAGACAGAUGCAGGGGUAGCUGCUUUCUUUGUCAUAUUCGUCAUAGUCGUCAUCGUACUAGUGGUUGUCAUGGCCAGAAAAUCAAGAAAGAAAAAAGCACAUGAAAUAGAGUUACAAGACAGGAAAGAAAUGCCUAAUAGUGGUUAAAACCUACCAUGAGAGCCGUUCCCUCCGCCGCGGCUGCUGAUAUCUGGAGUGAACGGAUAUUCAGCUUACAAGUAGUGAUCACCUGGAUUUUUCAAUUAAAUUUAUUCAAAAACAUUAAAGCUAUAUAUGCCGUAUUAGUGUUUUAUUUUAAAAGUAAUAAAUAUAUGUGGUGUCUCAUCAAGUUAAAAGUGAUGGAGGGGAAUUGUCU